CCACCUCCCGUCAUCUCUCGGCCCCCCCAGUCAUUGACAAUCGGCCAGCAGAGAGGGAUGUCACAGCUGAGUGAAAGCCAACCUCCGCUGGGCUGCGUGAAAAACAAGACAAACGGCGCAUUUUCUCAGCUUGGCGCGUUAACUUUUAACUUUUACGCACCGUGAGGACCCUUUGAAGCUUUGAAAUCUGUUUUCAGCUGCUGGUUACAAUGAUUCCAAGUCCGAUUCUAGCUUCCUCCACCACGCCUUUUUCUGUAAAGGACAUUUUGAAGAUGGAGUUGCAGCAGCAGUCCCAGCAGCACCAGUUCCAGCUGAUCUCCUGCUUAGGUCUCUCCGGCGCGCUGUCGCAGCCUGGAACCCAUCCUAACAAAUCGUUCGGCUCUCAUUCGCCGCCUUCCUGCAUGCUGGCAGGAAGAGACAGCCCCAGUCCCAUCAGCUCCUGCCUCUCGGAGAACGACGAGAGGAUGUCGUACCUCAGCGGGCUGAGUGCUCAGGAUCGCCUGGUGGAGUCGACUAUGCCGCUGGACGUGUUUGGCAGCACGGCGCCGAACAACACGGACGAACUGCGUUCAGAGACUAACCAAGAAGUCAACGACAACAAGGGAUGCAGUGCGCUGCUGCGGCCCGACUGUGAGGAUGCAGAGUCAGAGAAGUCCUCCACCAAGCAGCCGAGGACCAGGAGGAAACCCCGCGUCCUCUUUUCCCAGGCCCAGGUGUUUGAGCUGGAGCGUCGCUUUAAGCAGCAGCGUUACCUGUCCGCUCCGGAGAGGGAGCACUUGGCCAGCUCCCUGAAGCUCACCUCCACCCAGGUCAAGAUUUGGUUCCAGAAUAGAAGGUACAAAUGUAAGAGGCAGCGGCAAGACAAGACUCUAGAGAUAGCGGGCCAUCACCAUCACCACCCGCCGCCACCAAGGAGGGUCGCUGUGCCGGUUUUGGUCCGAGAUGGGAGGCCUUGUCUAUCUGGAUCACAAAACUACAACCCUCAUUACGCAGUUGGAGCUCCAAAUCCGUACUACAGCGGCUAUCCGACCUAUAGCUACAACAACUCAGCGUACACCAACACUUACUCUUGCACUUACUCCAGUUUACCCGCUCUUCCACCGACCCACACCCCUACAAAUGCACUGAUGACCAUGAAUCUGGGGAAUAUCGGUGCGCAGACCCAAACCCAGGCUGCUCAGGGGCCCGUGGUCGCACCCUGCCAAGGAACUCUGCAGGGGAUCAGGGCAUGGUAACCCGAACUGAAGAACACACCCAUACUGCAGACUUCAUCAUCUGAAGCAGGAAAUAAAAACAGUGAUAAGCUUCUACAUGGAACUGUAGCGCACGGCAGGCUCAUGAUGAAGACAUACAACAUAAAAGAAAAGAAAGAACAUUUACGCACAUGAGUUUGCGCGUUAUUCUUUGACCCGCCUUUUCAAACAGAUGGCAUGUGCUAUAAGAAAAAAAUGUAUCAAUAAGGAAAAUCUUUUUUAUGCAUUUCAAUUGUAAUUUGCUGUUUCCAAUUUAAUUACAGCACGACAGAGUUGUAAAUUAGUGUUAUGGUGAUUCAUAAUGUUUUCUUUUUUAUUGACAUUUUCAGCUUAACACAGCGCGCCGUGGGUUUCACCUGACGACUUUGUUUUUCAUUUGGGUGACACUAAAAGCUCACAACUAUGAUGAAACACUAACAAGACUGAGUCUGCGUUCAAGUGGCAAAAGCAUCAAGAUGAGAAGGAUUGGUCGUGGAAUUAAAGGACGCAAACAUCAUGUCAAAAAUGUUUACUUUUCUGAUUGUCUCUGCGCAUGCGUUUGUCUCUACAUUUCCCAGGAAUUAUUUGGGAGAAAAUAAAAAAAAAAAAUUUAAA